AUGACUUCCAGUCAACCUGCAGGUUCCACUCAAACUGCUAACAACACUUUAACGGACACGACUAUGGAGGAGGCAUCGUCCACUUCUUCCACCCAUAUUCUUUCGCAUAAUGAAAUUGAACUUACAUCACGUGACUCACAGGAAAAUGAUAUUCACACGCAAACACCAAUCACUGAAAAUUUGACUUUUAUGGAUGAAGAUCCCAUUGAAACUAACACCGAUAAGGGGAAAGCACCGGAUACACAAACAGCCACACAAACAAACACCCCUAAUCCGUUACAAAUCACGGUGCUAACUGAUAUUUUUAAACAGACACCACAAGAUUCGGUCAAAGCACACAAAGGAUUUAUCCCCAGAGAUAGUUUCCCACUGAAACUUUCGAACAACGAAAUUAUCAAUCUAAUAAAGACGUCAUUUAUCAAAGAUAGUAAUGCUUUUAGAUUCGACGUUAACACAACAUCCACAUAUAGAUAUUUCACUAUUCACUUCAGAACACGUGACUCACUCGACCACUAUAUAGAAAAAAGUCCAGACAGCCUCAAACACGUAAAAAUUUACGAACUCACCAAUGAGGCUAUCAACACACUAAUAGAAUGUAAAUUUGCUAAUUUGGACCAGGCUGUCAUCAAAAUUAUGGAUAUACCAUACAACUACGAUACGUCCAUGCUCAUUAAACACCUUGCCGUAAAAACUGGCAGCACCAUCCUUGACCACAAGGAAAUUAAAAAACCUCCAAGGAAAAUUCCUAACCGCAACAACCACAGGCGCCCCAUUUUCAUAAAACCAGCUUACAAACAACUUAUUGUCCAAUUUAACAAACAAUCAGCAUAUGAUUAUUUCAUGAAAGAAAACUACUGGAGCCUCGAAAUCAAAAAUUUCGUAGUAAGGAUCUUACCAGGAAACCCUGACGACACUGAAUACAAAAAACGUACCAGUCACUAUUUUAAGAUUACUGGACUCCCACUCAACACCACAGCCAAGAACAUCGAACCACUCAUUAAACAUGUCUAUGGACGAACUUGCACCUUCACACAAACCACCAAACACUUGACUAUGAAAAACGCCUAUAUAUACAUCUCACCGGAUAAUUACCCAAUAGACGCGGUUAAUGGUGUCUCUUCACAAUUUGAAGGUUACAACCUCCACAUCCUACCAGGACACCUAUCAAUCAAAACGUGUAACACUUGUGGAUCACCCCUUCACGAGACAAAAGAUUGUGAUGAAAAAAAUUUCGAAACGGAUCGAUUUAAUCACAAAAUCUUUAAAAAACGAUUUAUAAAUCGUAAUGAAGAAAAAAUCACAAUCAGUGAAAACCACAAAAACAGAUAUAACCACGUCAUCACUCUUAACGCAAAUAAAAACUCAAACACAACAUCACAAACUUAUAAAUCCACCCCCAUAACCACGCAAUCAUAA